CGCACACAUAAGGGGCGGUGUGUGAAGACAGCAGCGCAUAUACCUGAGGCAGCGUCUGGAUUUAUUUGAAUUUCUGUUGCAUUUAAUACACAUAAAUAUAUAUACAAAACACCGCCAUCAUGUUGUGGACGGCGAGUCAAGUCUUCAGGAAAUUCUCCACUUCGUCUCAUUAUUACCAGAAUAAGUUAAAACUAGCAAUUAUUGGCCAGAGCCUGUUUGGCCAGGAGGUCUACAGGAAUCUGAGGAAGCAGGGCCACAAGGUGGUGGGCGUGUUCACAGUCCCUGACAAGGAUGGCAAGGCUGACCCCCUGGCCAUGGCAGCAGAGAAAGAUGGGACACCUGUGUUCAAGUUCCCACGGUGGCGGGUCAAGGGGAAGCCCAUCCCAGAAGUGGUGGACGCCUACAAGGCGGUGGGUGCCGAGCUCAAUGUCAUGCCCUUCUGCUCACAGUUCAUCCCCAUGAACGUUAUCGACCACCCAAAGCAUGGCUCCAUCAUCUACCACCCCUCCAUCCUGCCCCUGCACAGAGGAGCCUCAGCCAUCAAUUGGACUCUGAUCCAUGGCGAUAAGAAAGCUGGCUUCACAGUGUUCUGGGCUGACGAUGGACUGGAUACCGGACCAAUCCUGCUGCAGAGGGAAUGUGACGUUGAGCCCAAUGACACUGUGGACACACUGUACAACCGCUUUCUCUUCCCAGAGGGCAUCAAGGCUAUGGUGGAGUCUGUGCAGCUCAUUGCUGAUAGAAAAGCCCCUCGAAUUCCCCAGCCAGAGGAAGGAGCAAGCUAUGAAGGCAUUCAGAAGAAAUCCAACUCCAAGGUGGACCUGGCCCAGCCAGCUGAGGCCAUCCACAACUGGAUCCGUGGCCAUGACAAAGUGCCUGGUGCUUGGACUGUCAUUGAUGGUCAGUCUGUGAUCCUUUAUGGCUCCUCCAUGUUGGGGGGGUCUGUACCAGAGGGUCAGCCACUGGAGAUUGAGGGGGCUUCUCAGCCUGGUCUCAUCACCAAAAGCGGGCUCGUCCUAUAUGGAACUGACGGGAAAGCUCUCCUGGUGAAGAACCUGCAGUUUGAAGAUGGGAAGAUGAUUGCCGCUUCCAAAUAUUUCUCUUCUGGAGAAAGUGUCAGUGUGGAGCUCACCGAUGAUGAGAAGAAGAUGGCAGAGGAGAUCAGGAACAUCUGGAAGAGCAUCCUCAGCAACGUCCCAGCCAUUGACGACACCACAGACUUCUUCAAGUCUGGAGCUGCCUCCAUGGAUGUGGUCAGAUUGGUUGAGGAGGUGAAGCAGAAGUGUCCUGGUGUCCAGCUGCAGAACGAGGAUGUGUACAUGGCCACCACGUUCCAGGACUUCAUCCAGAUGUUUGUCCGCAAGCUAAGAGGAGAGGAUCAGGAGGAGGAGCUGGUCUUUGAUUAUGCAACCAAAGAUGUCAACAACAUGACAGUGAAAAUGCCAUGUCAGUGUUUUAUUAAUGGCAAGUUUGAGGAUGCAGAAAAUGGAAAGACCUACAACAGCAUCAGUCCUACUGACGGAUCUGUGAUCUGCAAGGUGUCCUACGCCUCAGUGGGUGAUGUGGACAGGGCUGUGGCUGCUGCCAAAGAAGCUUAUGAAAAUGGGCCCUGGGGCAAGAUGAACCCCAGAGACAGAGGAAGUCUCCUUUACAGGCUUGCAGACUUGAUGGAGGAACAUCAGGAGGAGCUGGCCACCAUUGAGUCCAUUGACUCAGGUGCUGUGUACACGCUGGCCCUCAAGACACAUGUAGGCAUGUCCAUCCAAACCUUCCGCUACUUUGCUGGCUGGUGUGACAAGAUCCAGGGCAAGACGAUCCCCAUCAACCAAGCCAGGCCCAACCGCAACCUGACCUUCACUAAGAAAGAACCUCUGGGUGUGUGUGCUAUAAUUAUUCCGUGGAACUACCCUCUCAUGAUGCUGGCAUGGAAGAGUGCAGCCUGCCUGGCAGCUGGAAACACACUGGUUCUUAAACCUGCACAGGUCACUCCACUGACAGCACUAAAGUUUGCUGAGCUUUCAGUGAAAGCUGGCAUCCCAAAAGGAGUCAUCAAUAUUUUGCCAGGCUCUGGUGGCAUGGUUGGACAGCGUCUGUCCGAGCACCCAGACAUCCGCAAGCUGGGCUUCACCGGCUCCACUCCAAUCGGCAAACAAAUCAUGAAGAGCUGUGCGCUCAGUAAUCUGAAGAAGGUUUCUCUGGAGCUCGGAGGGAAAUCACCGCUCAUCAUCUUCGGUGACUGUGACAUGGAUAAGGCUGUCCGCAUGGGCAUGAGCUCUGUGUAUUUCAACAAGGGUGAGAACUGCAUCGCUGCUGGCCGUCUCUUUGUGGAGGAGUCCAUACAUGAUGAGUUCAUCAGCCGAGUGGUGGAGGAGCUCAAAAAGAUGAAGAUCGGGGACCCUCUGGAUCGCUCCACAGACCAUGGCCCACAGAACCACAAAGCCCACUUAGACAAGCUGCUGGAGUAUUGCGAGAUUGGGGUGAAGGAGGGAGCCACACUGGUGUACGGAGGCAAACAGGUCGACAGACCAGGUUUCUUCAUGGAGCCCACUGUGUUCACUGAUGUGGAGGACCACAUGUUCAUCGCCAAAGAGGAGUCCUUUGGCCCCGUCAUGGUGGUGUCCAAAUUCAAAGAUGGAGAUGUGGACGGUGUGCUGCAGAGAGCCAAUGACACAGAGUACGGCCUGGCUUCGGGCGUAUUCACCCGCGACAUUAGCAAGGCCAUGUAUGUGAGUGAGCGGCUGGAGGCUGGAACCGUGUUUGUGAACACCUACAACAAGACCGAUGUUGCUUCACCUUUUGGGGGCUUCAAGCAAUCAGGCUUCGGCAAAGACCUCGGAGAGGAUGCUCUCUUGGAAUAUCUCAAGACCAAAGCAGUGACUGUGGAGUACUGAGGCUCCGAAUCUCCCAAUGAACUCUGAACCAGCCUCUGUAGAGGAAAAGGAACUGCUCAGUCUGACGGCUCAGACAUCCUGCUUCUUACAGAGUUCCACAAAGUGUGUGUGUGUGUGUGUGUGUGUGUGUGUGUGUGUUUUCAGACAUUCGGUCUGAGACACUGAGACAUCCUGACUGAAUAACAGGAAGAGAGUCUGAGUUCAGAUAAGUGCUUCAGACUGUGGUUGAAUUGAGGAGGCUGGAUCAGUUUACUGUCCUGACUCCCAAGUAGUGUUGUAGUACUCGAGAAAGGUCUUGGUCUCGAGACCGCUUUUUGAUGGUCUCGGUCUUGUCAUGGACUCGGACCUUGCGGACUCGGGAUUUUAUUU